AAGAGCAAAAUUAUUGCUGAUGUAGACAAAGUGUAAAUUUGAACAAGUUGAAAGUUUUUGUUGCUAGAAAAGAUGAGAUGGUUCAUGAAAAUCUUACUACUUAUGCUAACUACGGGGAUCCUCAUUCCCGUUGAAGCUAUACCGUGUUACACGUGUGUAAACUGCAACCAGGUUGUCGAUUUCGAUUCUUUUGAUGAUUGUGAAAUGUGUGCAAUAUGGGAAAAUUCUGACGGGUUUGUGACUCGCGGAUGCUUCCAGAGCGGCAUGGAGGUUUUGGACCUGUGCUUAUAUGGUGGUUGUAACGAUAAGCGUAUUCCUGUUUGUCAACAGUGUUCUGAUUUGGACACUUGUGCGACAGUUUUCUGUGGACCAAGUUCAAAGUGUUACGUCAACGAAAAUGAUGAUCGACGUGGUUGCACCUCCGACAGUGACUAUCUGGAAAACCCUGAGGCAUUCGAAGUCUGCGAAGAGGACGAGUGCAACAAGGUUCCGGAAUGUGUAGUAUGCAAUUCCGAUACAGAUUUGGAUUGCCUUACCAAUACUGAACGCUAUCACCAAAAGUGUGCCAGGCAUGGUCUCUAUCGCGACAACAAUUGCUACCGUCAAGAAGUUAGUGACACGGAAUUUCGGUUAGGCUGUACCAGCGAAGAGAAUGCUCCAGAUUGUACCUCGGACGAUUGUAAAACUUGUGCAACUGAAUAUUGCAACAAGAAAGAAUUCCUGACGUGCUAUGUAUGCGACGAAAAUGUAGCAGAUUGCAGAUCAAUCAACCCAGAAGAUCAUACACUCGAUCGAUGCACCGAGUAUUACGAUAAAUGCUACCUUGCAUAUGAUCAAGGAUCUAAGAAAACGGUUCGAGGAUGUGCGGAAGGAUACGACCCAGAAGAUUUGUUCAACACAGUUGAUUGGUGUGAUACUCCAAAAUGCAACUGGGCAGAGUUUCCAACGCAUCUGCAGUGUCACCAGUGUCAGUAUUGUCAGGAGAGCGGCCCGAGCGACUAUUGUGGUAAAGUGUCAGCAGAACAGUGCUUUACGCUGCAUCUUGAAGGAGGUGCUGUGCAUCGUGGAUGCGAUACCGACGAGCACUUCAAAGACUGCAUAGUUGGUGAAAACUGUGAGGCGUGCCCUUCAGACAGGUGCAAUGCGGAACCUAUUGCAGAAGCGAAUACAUGCUACCAAUGUAGUGAUUGUGAAUUAUUAACUGGCAUUACACCAGAGAUCUGCAUUGGUUCAGCUUUCGAAGGAUGUUACACUAUGCAAGAUCUUGUAGAUAAUUCGAUCAGUCGGGGGUGCGUUGGUGACAAUACGCCAGAUCAUUGUGAUAGGGAUAACUGUCGCAUCUGUCUAACAGACAAUUGUAACACUGAUGAAGUGAUGUCAGAGCCAUUGCUUUGCUCAUCCUGCUCGGGAACUGGGUGUUCGGAGUACAGUCCUGUUAAAGAGUGUCCAAGCGUGGGUUUAUUGAUUGAUCUAUGUGUUACAUUCGCGGUACUGGGUGUACCUUCGUUUAAAGGCUGUCUGAGUGACGGGAUUCCAGCGGAUUUAAAACAAGAAUGCUUCACAAAUGGCAUGUUUUGCGAUAUGUGCGACUAUAAUUACUGCAAUACACCACCCCUGAAAUGUUACAAAUGUUCGAGCAAUGCUGACGGUGCAAAGUGUCUAACCAAUCCUGCAUUUAAGGAGUCAGUUCAAUGCGAAAGUGGUGACACAUGCCUAACGUACUUGGAUGAAAAUGGUCACCUGCAUCGAGGCUGUUCAGGUGAUAUUGGCGAAACGUGUCCCCUCGGGAGCCAAUGCCAGCAUUGUACUAGCCCAGAAUGUAACAAGCAUAUAUUACCCGAAGAUCGGCAGCACUGCUAUCAGUGCUCCGGUGAAAACUGUAUCACUGACGAUGCUGUCAAUCAACUGGAAGCGGAACCAUGCUUGGUGUAUCAUGAGGGCGAAUCAUGUUACACAUACGUCGAGAAUGAGUCUACGGUUCGCCGGGGUUGCGUUUCGGACUAUGCACUAUGUGAAGAUAAUCCGUUGUGUAUUCCUUGUAGCAACGAAAAUGGCUGUAACUCCCAGAACUACAUGGUUUCGAAUGAGCUGUCGUGUGUGAAGUGCCUAACCAGUGCACAGUGCGAAGGAAAUGCAUUCGGAUCGAAUUGUGAGAAGCAAAUACUGCUAGGGCGAACAGAUGCAUGCUACAUCCAAUAUUGGUUGGGUUUAGAGGUUCAAAAAGGAUGUUUGUCUGAUUUGAGCGAUAGCCAUUCUUGCUCUGACAGUAGCCUUGUGAACAAUGACGAGUGCUCUUUUUGUUUUGAAUUCGAUUGUAACCGGGGACCAUCUAUUUGUUACCAGUGUAACUCGGAACACGACAUGGAUUGCUCUGAAGUCGUCGGCCGACAGUAUCUGACGGAGUGCGAAGGAGAAUGUGUGUCGUUUAUCAACAAGGAUGGAUACACCGUACGAGGAUGUAUCGAAUCUUUCUCAAGCAACGAAAUUGAAUGUGAUGAUUCUGAACAGUGUGAAAUUUGCAAGCAUAAAGAAUGCAAUUCAGCAGUACUUCCUGUUGAUCGUUUGAAAUGCUAUCAAUGCGAGGGUUCCCAGCUAGAUUGCUUGAAUCCUUUGAAUUCACAUAGCUAUGCUUGCCGAAGGUACAGUGAGAGCGAUAGAUGUUUCACGUAUUUUGAAAACACUACAUGGGUUACCAGAGGUUGUCUGUCGGACAAGGAUGACAAUACUUGCACAAAUGAAUGCAUUCCAUGUGGGUCAACAGGCUGCAAUAAACAAGAGGCUCUUCAACCGAACGCUCUUUCUUGUAUCACCUGUCAAGGCACCGAAUGCGAUGGAGAGAGUGAGGGUACAGUUUGUACCGAAAAGAUUCUACUAGGUCGUCAAGAUUACUGUUAUUCGUAUGAGGAUGGGCCAAAGCUACAAAAGGGAUGCCUCAGUGAUUUGAAGGCGGAUGAUGAAGUCACUUUCAAUUGUCACGAUAACGAAUCUGGCAAGUGUGCGCUCUGCGGUAAUGAUAACUGCAAUGGUGACUUUUAUUAUUGUGUUGCUUGUAACUCUGCUGAAAACCCCGAAUGUGGCGGUUCAAUGAAUGUCGUUCCACCGGAUAUGAUAGAGGAUUGCCCCGAAAGGCAAUGCGUGUCAUACAUUGAUGAGAACUAUCUAACCACCAAAGGUUGCGCUACUCGAACCAACACCUGCGAGGACUUGCAAACUGUAGACUGUAUGCAGUGUUCGGGAUCCAUGUGCAAUAAUGUUGCAUUCCCAGAGGAUCGUAUCAUGUGUUAUCAAUGCGACGAUUGCGACAUGUUGCCAUCCACUCAGCAAGCAACUGCUUGUGAAAAGUACAACCCCGAAGAAUUUUGCUUCACAUACGUUAUUGACAACAUCAUACACCGCGGUUGUCUGUCCCAAACGAGUCUUUCGUGUGACCCUUCGUCCAGUACCUGUUUGAGUUGUACAAAUACCGGUUGUAAUGGACAACCGAAAGAAUUCGAUAGCACUUUGUCAUGCGUUCAGUGUCAUGGAUUCUCGAACUGCACGUAUACUACGGAAUCCACCCCUUGUGAAGGAACUGUUGUGCUAGGAAAUGAAGAUAUGUGCUACAGUGCUUGGCAUAACGGUGAACUUCUGCAGAAAGGAUGCUUACGAAAAGCAGCAUCGGCGUGCGAUCAUCCCGCAACAUGCGAAUUCUGCUCUUGUGACGGAUGUAAUCUAGUAACGAGCGAUUCACCGGACAUCCCGUGCUUAGUAUGCGAAGGAGAUGGCUGUGGAGAUAAACUAGAGCUUAGCUCAGAUCAAAUUUGUAAUGACAAAGCGUGCGUAUCAUUCAUGUCACAAGCGGGAGUAGUAUCAAGAGGUUGCUUGUUCCACUUCGAAGAAAAGUGUGCAUCCUACGGUAACAAGCAUGAAGUAUGUACAGAAACACGGUGCAACAGCGAACUGUAUCCGUCCGAUCGAAUCAAGUGCCACCGUUGUACAAACUGCCCCGAUGUAUUCGGCGAACCAGAAAUCUGCACAAAGUACGUGGAGGACGACGGCUGCUUUACAUUAAUUUCGAAUGAUGGUGCAAGUAUGAAACGUGGAUGCUUGUCCGAGCUACAGUCAGAGUGUAAUGAACCAAAUUGCACACCUUGUUACAUCGAUGGAUGUAACGACAAAACGACAGACGAAACCACAACAUUCUCAACCACAGACAGUAGCUCGGACACAACUACAGAAAGCUCAAGCUCUACAGCUGAAACCACCACAAUAUCAUCUACAGACAGUAGCUCCGAAUCGACAAGUACAGAUAGCUCAACCUCUGACGCCGAAACAACCACAUUGUCAUCCACAGACAUCAGCUCGGACUCGACACCCGAAACCACGACAUUAUCACCCACAGACAGUAGCUCGGACGGAACAACUAGUGAAAGUAUCACGGAAGUAUCCACUACGCCUGGAUCGCAGGCUUGUAUUCGCUGUGAAGAAAGCAUAUCUGAUCCAAGCUGUGCAUGGGGUUUUAGGGUCGCAGCGGCUGAACAAUGCUCUUCCGAAGGUGACAUCGGCUGUUUCAGCUGUACCAACAAUGAUCUCACUAUACGUGGAUGUCGAUCAGACUCGGUCCUAGGUUCGUGUAGCGAUGGAACACUUGAAACCUGUUCCGGCAGUGGAUGCAACAAUCAGAAUCGGAAAGAACAACAUUGCGCUAUCUGCGGGAAAGAUUGUGAUGGAUCGAAGUCAUAUACAGUGCAAAAAUGCUCUGGUAUAAUCGAGUACGCUAAUCGAGGUUGUUAUACAUUGAGGAACGACAGGCUGACGGUGAUUACUGAAAGGGGCUGCGUUUCUACGCUUACAGAUGAUACGCGGAAGGUGUGCGACAGUCCCGGCGACAAAUGCGUGAUUUGCUACGAUGAUGGUUGCAAUGAAGGUGCGACCGUAAGAGUUUUGAAAAAAUUGAUUGUCGUGGCUAUCGCAUUUUUAGCGUUAAAGGUUAAAUAUAUUUAACUUGUGCGUAGUUUACAAUUAUUUCGUAAAUUUUCGGCGUCAACUUUAAUAGAAUUAGAACAGUCCUU